UUCCUAGGGCGAGGAACGCUGUAGUCUAUACAAGAUGGCGUACGCGGUUGUUUUCCAGCUACACUAUUGAGCGAAUUGCAGAAAUUUGUCGUCUAAAUUAAUUAAUUACAGUAGUGUAGUCCCUUCGUAAUUGUUUGUUAGAGACGCCGAAUAUCCAUCAUGAAAGGAAAGGAAAGGUCGCCAGUGAAAAAACGCUCCAGGGCCGUGGACGAUGUUCGAGACAGGGGAGGAAGCCACCCGAGCAGUAAGAAAAUGGGGGUUGUGGCGAUUUCUGGCGGAAGCAACAAUGGAAAUAGCUCUUCCAAAAGCGAAGGAGGUUCGGCGAGAAGGAGUUUACUUGGAGACAAAAGGGAUAGUCGGGACUUUGACGGACAUGCUUCUAGUCGCACGGGAAACAGUCACAGCUACACCGGCCCCGUUGCUAGCGCUAGCAGCAAGAAUCACAACUCGAGCCUGUCGCUCGAAGCGGCCGCGAGAGGCAACUCGCGUUCAGACCAGCGCAGCCAGCUCGCCGCUAACGAGAGUGAGUACAAAACGCUCAAAAUAAGCGAACUGGGGUCGCAGCUGAGCGACGAGGAGAUCGAGGACGGUUUGUUUCACGAGUUCAAGAAAUUCGGCGACGUGAGCGUGAAAAUUAGCCGCGUUAACGACGAAAGAAUAGCUUUUGUGAACUUCAGGAGGCCCGACGAUGCCAGGGCGGCGAAACACGCUCGAGGGCGCCUGGUGCUCUAUGACCGCCCUUUGAAAAUCGAGGCGAUGUACAUGAACAAAAGGAAAAGUCGAUCACCCGUGGAGAAAGACCACUUUUCUGCCGUGGCUGGCCACAGACAUUUGCACACCCAGAGGCCUCUGUCCCCUACUGGACUAGGUUAUAGGGACUACAGGCUCCAGCAGUUAGCACUUGGUCGACUUCCUCCACCCCCACCGCCUCCCCUACCCAGAGAGCUGGAGAGAGAAAGAGAGUUUGCCUUUUAUGAAGCCAGAGCAAGGCCCACCUACAUUGCUGAACGAGCUGCUGCCUUUCGCGAAGAGGAUUUUAUUUCUCCCGAGGACGACCAAAGAGCUAACCGGACGUUGUUUUUGGGUAACUUGGACAUUACAGUAACAGAAAAUGAUCUGAGGAGGGCAUUUGACCGCUUUGGGGCCAUCACUGAAGUGGACAUCAAGAGACCCACCCGAGGCCAAAACAGCACGUAUGGCUUUCUUAAGUUUGAGAACUUGGACAUGGCCCACAGAGCAAAGAUUAGCAUGUCAGGAAAAGUGGUUGGCCGAAAUGCUAUUAAAAUUGGUUACGGAAAGGCGACCCCAACAACACGCCUCUGGGUGGGGGGCCUUGGACCAUGGGUUCCCGUUGCUGCGUUAGCAAGGGAGUUUGAUCGAUUUGGCACUAUUAGGACUAUAGAUUACAGGAAAGGGGACACGUGGGCCUACAUUCAGUAUGAAAGCUUGGAUGCUGCUCAGGCAGCUUGCACAAACAUGCGUGGUUUUCCUCUUGGAGGCCAGGACCGACGGCUGAGAGUGGAUUUUGCAGACACCGAGCACCGCUACCAGCAGCAGUUUCUGCAGCCGCUCCCGCUCCCGCCCCACUACGAGGUCAUGGCUGAGUCUUUUGUUCACCGUGCAACCCCUGAAGCUAUCAGGGUCCGAGAAAGAACUCCCCCACCACUGCAUUUUAGAGAACGGGAGCUCUAUGCUGGUGUGGAGUGGCCAGCCCCUGCCAUCCGUGAACGUGUAAGAACUCCUGCAUUUGAACCUCUGGAGCACUUGGAACGAGAUCGACGGCCCAGAGAGCCAUGGUCCCUGGAGCGGGAGCUCCCGAGCAGAGAUGCUGCAAGAAAACGGCGCCUUCUAGAGGAUGGACGGCACCUAGACUGUUCACCCGACAGCAGCAGUGAGUGGGCAGUCCGGCGCCGGAGAGCCCCAUCCACUGAGGGCAGCCCAGGAGGUAGUAGUCGCGACGGCCGCUUCAGCGACUCUGAGCGUCCAAUGAGGGCAGAGCGGCUGUCACCGGCACGAGAGCACCGCAGCAGCCUAGACAGGGUUCCUGGAGAGAAGCGCCUCAAGAGCAACAGCAGCCUGUCUGAGUCCAGCAUUGGUGCAAGCCCGUCAGAAAGAAAACGUAAAGCAAAUGAAGCAAGCAAAGGGCCUUCAAAGAGAGAGCGAGCUGAAGGUAGCUCCAAGGGCAGUCAGUCAACCAAGCAGGACACUGGUGGGAAGCUGAGCAUGGCCUGGAAUGGAAUGCUGCUCCUGAAGAAUAGCAAUUUCCCAGCCAGCAUGCACAUCCUGGAGGGAGACCCGAGUGUGGCCAACACCCUCCUGGUCGACGGCAGCACGGGAGGGAAGGUGACGCAGCUCCGCAUCACACAGCGCCUUCGGCUCGACCAGCCCAAGAUGGAUGAGGUGUCACGCCGCAUCAAAGUGGCAGGCCCAGGUGGGUAUGCCAUUCUCCUUGCUGUUCCUGCCAGCUCCGAGGAUGCAUCUUCAUCCUCCUCAUCGACAGACCCAGCGGCUUCGACCCAGCGUCCUCUGCGCAACCUGGUCUCGUAUCUGAAACAAAAGCAGGCAGCCGGGGUAAUCAGUUUACCCGUGGGGGGCACUCGCGAUAAGGACAACGCGGGGGUGCUGCACGCGUUCCCACCCUGCGAUUUCUCUCAGCAGUUCUUAGAUUCCUCUGCAAAAGCUCUUGCCAAAACAGAAGAGGACUAUCUUGUCAUGAUCAUUGUCCGUGGAGCAUCCUAACAAUCAGAACACAAACAAGAAAAAAGCAUUGUUAUAAAAAAAGAAAUGUCUCAUUUGCAUGCUCUGUUAAGCCUGGUGCAGCAACCAUAGUUUAAACAGUUAUUAAAAGGGUAUGUGUCAUCUGUUCUGCCAAAUGCAAUGCAUGAAAAACAUCUCAUAUAGCAAAAUUGGUUUUCAUAUUGCAAUAUUUGCUCACCAUUGCAAGUUGAGUUUCCAAACCAAAUCAUUGUGAUACUGUGCAACUGUUUGAAAGAGUGAAAGAUAAAAGGUAGACACAAUUUGAAAACUGAAGAUUUACACUAUACACUGUACUGCUGAAAAUCUUAUACAUGUUUGUUUAGCCAUUAGAUUGUAAGCAGUUCCCUAUAUGGAUAUUAACAAGAAUGUUGUUUCAUGUAGGUAUAUUCUAUAUAUUUUUUAUUUAAAAAAAAAAGAAGAGGUUAUUGAGUCAUUGUGGUUUAACGCUCGGAACAAUCAGUUAAUGAUGAAGAGAAAGUGUAAUAUAGGCCUAGGUGUGUAGUUCUAUAGUUCACCUAAACAGUCCAGGUAUUUCUCACUUAAAACUGCAUGUUGACUGUUGUCCUGUUUUGAAACCGUUACGGGGUAGUUCACAGUCUAAAGUUUGCAGACUAUAAACUAAUGUAUACACAACUGUACUUUAGUAUUGAAGUGUUUAUCAGUGUGUAACUGGGCAAGCAUUUAAUGAGGCUACAAAUUGUUUUCUCCCAGUUUUUAUUAUACCCAAGGCAUCUUGUAAUAUGAAUCAGUGAUUAUUUUGGUCUUUUAAUUCUAACAUGCUUCAAAACCACCAUUUGCACAGACAAUUGCACAUAGCUUAUCCUUUUUUGUAUUUGACAAGAUCAUCUGAAAAAGUAGUUCUAUUGAGACAUUUUCCAUUUUUACGUUGCUUUUUGCUCUUCCCUAAUAAUUUCUGUAGUCAUCCACUAGUUUUUACUGAUUUCAGUGCUUUUUAUUGUUUUUUUUCCUCCUUCCUUCUUUUUUUUAUUUUAUUAUUAUUUUUUAAAAAUAAAUUUUAAAGUAAUCUUGCCCGUAGAACACAGUACAAAAAUCAAAGAACACUUGAUAGAAUAGCAGUAUGUAAUGCAUGUGGCUUUUUUUCCGUUUUUGUCAGCAUUGGCCUCAGUUUUGUUCAAUAUGCCACAUUAAAGGAAUUGUUAAAUUGAUGUCCAGGUACUAAAAUGUGAGUGGAAACGUGUUCCUUCCAAUUUGAUAAACAUAAUAAUUCCUAUGGUGAUGUAAUUCUUCUAUGAUCUAUAUUCCCCCAUAUAUUAACACACUUUAAUUGUCAGCUUUAGGCAUACUUGAAGCAGGGCUGUACAAUUAGAAGUGAUCAAAGUAUUUAGUAUUUUUCAGUACAUUAAUAAUGACUAUGGUUCAGUGCAAAAACACAGAAGCGUUGUAAUUGGUCAGCACAUGUGAUUGUGCAGUGAUCAUACCACUAAAGAGCAUGCAUUAAUUAUUGAGUCUACUUGUUUUAGUAUGCUUAAUUGUGCAGCCCUAAACUCAAGUAUGUUUUAAGUUGAAUAAUGAGCUAUGUAUGAUUAGUCUGAAUAGACAUGCAACAUACUUUUAUAACCCCCAUCUGAAAUUUUUAGCAUUUAUAUCAAUGUUGAGGGUUUUUUUUUUUUUUUUUUUUUGCAGUGUCUUGAGUCUAAUUAUUAACAUAAGUGUUAAUUCCAUCUGUGUUAUGCCAGCUAUCAUUUUAAAAUCACACUAAAUUACAUUUUUAAAGCAGAUUUAAAAAUUGGUUUGUGAAUUAAGAUUAUUAAGCUGUUCUAUAUGUAUGGAUGAGUAGGAGAUACUGUACUUUCAGUAGCCAUCUCUCAGGAUGAAAAAGGACCGUUGCAACAGAGGACUUCCCAUGGCCGGAAUCAAAAAGAUUGACAGGAGCCCUUUGGAUGCAGAGGGGCAAGAGCUUUCCGUUUACUGAUUGUGUAUUCUCGCUGAGAGAGCAGCUUCACACUUGUGUAAAUGUUUUUGUGCUUACACUUCCCAUAUUUAAACGGAAAUAUGACCGUCUUGCUUUGUGGUGUGUUUACCUGGUUUCUUGAAGGAGAGGAAAAAAAAGAGGAAUCGCUCAUUCACAUCUUGCACAGCUAAGAAAUAGCUGUCCACAUACACACAAAGUGCACUGGCACUUAUUUGAUUUUGUUUUACUAUCAAUAAAUUGUUUCAUUUGAGGGAGAAAUGUUCA